CUUUUGGGAAGGCUGCGGGUCAACCGUCCGGCGUCUCAGCUUCCCGGCGCAGGAGGUCCGGCUCCGCGAUUUAUACCUCUCAAGAGUCUUCAUGUUCUCCCAUGUUUCUCUAGAAAUAAGCCCAGUCAUGGAAAUCUGAAAAUUUUUAUAAGAAGAUGCAGUUUGCUUUGGGGUGUGCUUUUGUGUAUGAAUAGUUAUAUAAAAUACUGAGUUUUCAAAAAGAAGGCUAGUGCAACAGAAAAGCUGUGGUAAAACAGGUUCUUAGGUAUUUGUGAUAACAGAAGAAAGCUAUUUCUCAAAUUGAUUCAUUCUUAAUUAUAACAGACUUAUAGUGGGAAUGGGCCUUAAACACAGGUGGACUUUAUAAGAUGCAGUCUAAGUUUGUGUACAAAUACUGUCUAUUGACCAGAUGUAUUAAAAUGAUAGACACAUUAUUAAGGGGGUGAUAGAUAAGAUUUAACAGUGAGAGAGUAACAGUUUAAGCUUUAAGCUCAGUUCCUUUACCACGAGUCCUACAGUCUUCAUAGAGCUGUGUUGCUUCCUCAGAAGUUAACUGCAGUUGAUGUAACCCACUUUAGAGACUACUGUGAUAAUGAGCAGCUGUAUGACUCUUAGGAAACACCAGAUGCAGACUUCACUUCCUUCCAUUUGGUAGGAAAAGUAGUUCUGAUGUCAUAUUUUUAAGUCCUUAUAAGGGAAAAGAGCUGAACCUGAAUAUAUGUCUUAGUAUCUAGGCUUCAUAACUAGUAAUGAGAAGUAAGUAAUGGGUAAAUAGCUCUCAGAUUACCUAGAAGAGUUCAUGUGACCCCAAAGAGUCUUGACUAGUGUCUUGGCAUGUGAGACAGAUUUGUCCUGUGUGAAUGUCAGCUCACCAGUCCAAUCAGAAGACAGUGAAUCGAUCCAGUUAGGUGCCUGCUAUUUCAUUUCUAUCUGUGGUAAAGAUCUAAUGUGAAGUGGUGAGAAGCUUCAUAUGGAAGUUUAAGCUGUCAGAAAUACUAUUUUUAUUCAUGAACAAAACUGUCUCCCAGAGGUCCAAGGUACCUUUCACUCAAAAACUAAAAGUAUAAUGGAGAAUAGCACAAUCUUGUCAAAUUGGACAAAAGAGAGUAAAGAAAAAAUGAAGUAUGACUUUUCGUGUGAACUCUACAGAAUGUCCACAUACUCGGCUUUUCCCAGGGGAGUUCCUGUCUCGGAAAGGAGUCUGGCUCGUGCUGGCUUUUAUUAUACAGGUGUGAAUGACAAAGUCAAGUGCUUCUGCUGUGGCCUGAUGUUGGAUAACUGGAAACAAGGAGACAGUCCUGUUGAAAAGCACAGACAGUUCUAUCCCAGCUGCAGCUUUGUACAGACUCUGCUUUCAUCCAGUCUGCAGUCUCCAUCUAAGAACAUGUCUCCUGUAAAAAGUAGAUUUGUACAUUCGUCACCUCUGGACCAAGGUAGCAUUCCCUCCAACCUGUCCUCAAACCCUCUUAAUUCUAGAGCAGUGGAAGAUUUCUCAUCGAGGAUGAAUCCCUGCAGCUAUGCCAUGAGUACAGAAGAGGCCAGAUUUCUUACUUACAGUAUGUGGCCUUUAAGUUUUCUGUCACCAGCAGAGCUGGCCAGAGCUGGCUUCUAUUACAUAGGGCCUGGAGACAGGGUGGCCUGUUUUGCCUGUGGUGGGAAACUGAGCAACUGGGAGCCGAAGGAUGAUGCUAUGUCAGAGCACCGGAGACAUUUUCCCCACUGUCCAUUUCUGGAAAAUACUUCAGAAGCACAGAGGUUUAGUAUAUCAAAUCUAAGUAUGCAGACACACUCUGCUCGAAUGAGGACGUUUCUGUACUGGCCAUCUAGUGUUCCUGUUCAGCCUGAGCAGCUUGCAAGUGCUGGAUUUUAUUAUGUGGAUCGUAAUGAUGAUGUCAAAUGUUUUUGUUGUGAUGGUGGCUUGAGAUGUUGGGAACCCGGAGAUGACCCCUGGAUAGAACAUGCCAAAUGGUUUCCAAGGUGUGAGUUCUUGAUACGGAUGAAGGGUCAGGAGUUUGUUGAUGAGAUUCAAGCUAGAUAUCCUCAUCUUCUUGAGCAGCUGUUGUCCACUUCAGACACCCCAGAAGAAGAAAAUGCUGAUCCUCCAGUCGUGCAUUUUGGCCCUGGAGAAAGUUCAGAAGAUGUUGUCAUGAUGAGCACGCCUGUGGUUAAAGCAGCCUUGGAAAUGGGCUUUAGUAGGAGCCUGGUGAGACAGACGGUUCAGCGUCAGAUCCUGGCCACUGGUGAAAACUACAGGACAGUCAAUGAUAUUGUCUCAGCACUUCUGAAUGCUGAAGAUGAGAGAAGAGAAGAGGAGAAGGAAAGACAGACUGAAGAGACGGCAUCAGGUGACUUGUCGCUGAUUCGGAAGAAUAGAAUGGCCCUCUUUCAGCAGUUGACGAGUGUCCUUCCUAUCCUGGAUAAUCUUCUUGAAGCCAGUGUAAUUACAAAACAGGAACAUGAUAUUAUCAGACAGAAAACACAGAUACCCUUACAAGCAAGAGAGCUUAUUGACACCAUUUUAGUCAAGGGAAAUGCUGCAGCCAACAUCUUCAAAAACUCUCUGAAGGAAAUUGAUUCCACAUUAUAUGAAAACUUAUUUGUGGAAAAGAAUAUGAAGUAUGUUCCAACAGAAGACGUUUCAGGCUUGUCAUUGGAAGAACAGUUGCGGAGAUUACAAGAAGAACGAACUUGCAAAGUGUGUAUGGACAGAGAAGUUUCUAUCGUGUUCAUUCCUUGUGGUCAUCUGGUAGUCUGCCAAGAAUGUGCCCCUUCCCUGAGAAAGUGCCCCAUCUGCAGGGGGACAAUCAAGGGGACUGUGCGCACAUUUCUCUCAUGAGUGAAGAAUGGACUGAAAAGUAUUGUUGGACAUCAGAAGUUGUCUGAACAAAGAGUGAACUACUGAUUCAGCUAUUCAGCAGAAUAUUCAUGUUCUACUCUUUCUCAAGAUAAGUAAUCUUGCUUUAUGAAAGUAUUGUAUAUUUAAUCUUAGUCUGUAGCAAGGGAAGGUCUUUGUUGGUGAGCUACAGGAGUGUAUAUGUCCUAGAGCAGGAGUGGGGAUGCUUGCUGUAUGUCCUUCAGGACUUCCUGGAUUUGGAAUUUGUGAAAGCUUUGGAUUCAGGUGAUGUGGAAUUCAGAAGUCCUGAAACCAAUGGCCUUGGCACUCAGCAGUUACGGUGCCCUGUGCUUCUUGGUGCUUUUCCCUUGUGGAAAGUAAGGAUUUUUUUCUAUUAUUGGUAAAUAAUAUAUUGUGAGAAACAUACUAAAGUGUUUUUUUUUUUUAAAGGCUUGUUGUCGCUUCUCUAUCCAACUAGCAGACAGGAACAACGCAACGCGGAGUUCUCUCAAAGCAGUUUAUUCAGGAACCCUUUACAACAUCUCUCAGGAAGCCUCUGAUUCCAGUUGCGUUCGCUUUUUUAUCCCCAAGCUGUCCCCCAUAUAGUGCCUGCCACGUGGGGUAGUUUCAUUGGUACACGUCAAGUGGCCUGAUAAUGCGUAGCAUCAAGACUGCUGUGGCUCUUUGUGGGGUGUAUAAGGAAGUCAGGUGCUAGUCAUAAGACUUGGCAGUAGUCCCAGGCGCCAUCUUAGCUGGCCGCCAAACCUGCUCCUCACAAUUCCCCCUUAUUAAAUUUUGGCAGAGAGAAUGCCUGUCUUAGGUUGCCCCUUGCAAGCAACGCUCCUUACCUGUUAUGGGGAGUCAAACAGCUUUGGUUCGGUCCUUGUCUUAGGUUGGUAGCUUGCCCAAGGAGUCUUACCCAUCAUUGACUACUUCUCUAGCAUGCCAAGCCACACUUGAGGAGAUUGUCCCAUCUCCACUGCUACAAACGCUUGUACUAUCAAGGCCUGAUUCUCAUUAUGUCGGGCUCUCAUUUUACACAUGCACCAAAAGGCAAGGCAACUAACGAGGAUCAGACACAUAGCUACCCCUCCCGAUUCCCGCCCACUCUUUAAUGUGGGACAUUGCUUGAAGAAUCCAGCUGGUAAAUACGGAGGCCAAGGAAGUAUCCACUCUGGUAGAAUUGAUGUGAAUGAUGGAUUGUCUCAGCUCCCUCAGCAUCCUGUCAAAAUCUCGUGACCAGUUUGCUACAAGAUACUGAGAAAGACCUUGGGAGAGAUUACUGGCAUGACUCGCAUUCUGAAAUGAGAUGGAGGUAAUGCACAGGCCUGUGUAUUUCCACAUGCAGCCCAGCUGGGCUAAUUCCAUUAAUAUAUCCACUUGUUCCUGAACAAGAUCAACUCUCUGAUUAAGUAAGAGAAUGCCCGCCUUCAAAUGACUAUAUUUCCUUGCAUAUCCAAAGCCUCUGCAACUGCUGCAGACAUACUAUUAAAGGCAGCCGCUGGUUGAACAGUUGUAG